AUGGCCGCGAUCCAGGCCAUCGAGGCCCGUUCGUCGGGCCAGGUCAUCGUCGACCUGUGCUCCGUCGCGAAAGAGCUGGUCGAGAACAGUCUCGAUGCCGGCGCAACUUCCAUCGCUUUGAAACACUAUACAUCCAAGCUAUCCUCGUUCUCCGAUCUCACGUCCCUCCAAACCUUCGGCUUUCGCGGCGAAGCGCUCUCCUCGCUCUGCGCGCUCGCCGACUUCCACAUAGUCACAGCACAAGCCAAUCAAGUACCUCGCGCGAACCGACUCGACUUUGAAUCAUCUGGGAAGCUUCAGAAGACCCAGAUUGUGGCAGGACAGAAAGGUACCAGCGCGUCGGUGGAAGGCAUCUUCAAGCGGCUUCCUGUCCGUCGACGGGAACUGGAGAAGAACAUCAAGCGGGAAUACGGGAAGGUGUUGAAUCUGCUACAUGCCUACGCCUGUAUCAGCACUGGAGUGCGUUUUAGCGUGCGCAAUACUGUGGGCAAGACGCGGAACGUGGUUGUCUUUACCACGAACGGCAACCCAACGACUAGGGAGAAUAUCGCCAAUGUCUACGGCGCAAAGACCUUGUCGGCGCUUAUUCCGCUUGACUUGGAGCUGGAGUUUGAGCCCGCGGGAGCAACGAGACGAGCUGGUAGUGAUCGGGUAAACCAAAUUCUCGUCCGGGGUCACAUCUCACGCCCGGUCUUUGGCGAAGGACGCCAGACGCCAGACCGGCAGAUGUUUUUUGUCAACUCGCGUCCUUGCGGGCUUCCUCAGAUUGCCAAAGCAUUUAACGAGGUGUACAAGUCGUUUAAUGUGUCGCAGUCGCCGUUCAUCUUUGCCGAUUUCCAGAUGGACACGAAUGCCUACGAUGUGAACGUCUCGCCUGAUAAGCGUACUAUUCUCCUUCAUGAUGCGGGGGCUAUGAUCGAGUCGCUCAAAACGUCACUGGCGCAGCUGUUUGAAGCUGCUGAUCAAACUGUGCCGCAGUCUCUGGUGCUUGGUUCCAAGCAAACCCCUGCUAAACAGCAGCCGCUAGCAUCUCUACCUGGGUUUGCGAGUGCCCGGCAAAUUAAUGCGACUGCUUCGAAAACAAGCGAAAAGCCAGGCCACGACCAAGAUGAAAAUGGAUUGAUUGACGAAGAGAGCGAGUCUGGCCGGCAAGAAGCUGGGCGCGAGAUCCAACGCUUCAUGAGCUCACAAGAUACCAACGCUAGCAAAGAGCGCGCACCACUCUCGUCCUCUCCGGCCGCGUCAUCUACCAGACCAGUAGAACAAGCGUCUUUCACAAGGCAACAGCAAGAGCCGGACUCUCCGUCAGUUGAGACUGAGGACAACAGUGGUUCUCAGAUAGUUGACGACACCGCCGACAAUUCUCAAGAAGCAUCCUCCCAGCCAUCGGAGGUGGUACAUCGCCCAGCUCUGCAGCAGGAUGAACCCGACGAAACUCCCAACGCAAUCCAAACCGCUUUUGAUCGGAUGCGUCCGCUACGACGUCCGGCUGAAAUGGCCACCAUCACUAUCGGCGGCACCCAUACUGUGAAAUCUAUGAUCGGGAGCGCGAGCUUGCGAAAGCGAACAUCUGAUACAGCAAGUUCUGCCAACACAUCUGCCAACCGAGAGCCGAAACCGCGGAAACGACGGAUAUUCACGCCGUCGCGGCCGAGUUCAUUUGGACAGAGCAUGAAAGCCUUUGCGGCCCCGGGAACACAAGGGCAGGAAGAGGAUGAAGAAGAUGUAGAGGAAGAGGAAGAGGAGGAGGAGGAGGAGAAUGAUGAAAGCGAAGAACUGUCUGCCGAGGAUGAGGCGCAAGAAGAUAUCGAAGAGAAUGAAGAAGACUUCGAAGUGGCGUCGGAAGAUGGCGACUAUGCACCCGAGGACACUCAGCAUGCCGACUCCCUUGAUCCUGCAGAGAUUAACAACAGUGCCCCAGAACAAGAGUCGACCACAGGUGCAGAUGAAGACCUCGACGAAGCGACGAAAAAAGCGCAGGAAGAGGCUGUAGUUCGGCGGCUGAUCCAUGAAGCCGAAGAAACCGCUGUGCUGCCACAGGAACACAAUACCAGCCGAGCCAACAAGAUGAACAAGGGAGCUUUGCACCGUGAUGCUACCGUGAAUCUGGCCAGCACGAUCAACGGAUCCAUCUCCCAAGUACAGGAUCAUAUGACCAAGCUGCGGCAGGGUCUGCAGCCACAUACCCCGGUAUCCAAACCCGACGAGCCCGAAGUCUCUCGCGAGGACAGCUCCGCAGAAGACCGGCUGUCGCUGACGGUGACCAAAGCCGAUUUUGCGCAGAUGCGGAUCAUUGGCCAAUUCAACCUGGGAUUCAUCCUGGCUGUGCGUCCCGGCACGGACCACGACGAGCUCUUCAUCAUCGACCAGCACGCGUCGGACGAGAAAUUCAAUUUCGAGCGCCUCCAAGCCGAAACCGUCGUUCAGAACCAACGACUCGUCCGACCCCAGCGGUUAGAUCUGACAGCCGUCGAAGAAGAAAUCGUGCUCGCGAACCGCGAGGCACUUGAAAAAAACGGGUUCGUGGUCACCGUCGACGAGAGCGGCGACGAGCCCAUCGGUCGACGCUGCCAGCUCGUCUCCCUGCCGCUCAGCAAGGAAGUGGUCUUCGGCGCGCGCGAUUUAGAGGAACUGAUCUUUUUACUUUCUGAAUGGGCGGGUUUGUCUUCUGCUUCGACGCACUCCGUGCCCCGGCCGAGUAAAGUGCGCAAGAUGUUCGCCAUGCGCGCCUGUCGCUCGAGUAUCAUGGUGGGCAAGACCUUGACGAGUCGGCAGAUGGAGCGCGUGGUGCGCAAUAUGGGCAAGAUCGAUAAGCCGUGGAACUGCCCGCAUGGCCGGCCCACGAUGCGCCAUCUGAUGAGUUUGGGCCAGUGGGAGGCAUGGGAGGAGGGUGCGAGUAAUGACUUGGAUGUGUGGAAGCAGUACCUAAAGACAUGA